AUACAAAGACCAGAAAAGGGACACACAAACAGAGGCACCUAACUGUGAUGUAACAGCACCCCCUGUUGACCCUCAAGUGAGUGCCAGCGGUUACAGUUGCAGCCAAGCCAAAUCUUCAGAAAGCUCCUUUAAUUUGUGCCCAGAGAUGGGAGACUGUUUGGUGCCUUGCAGUCAGACCAGCAGCACCCCGUGUUCGUGUCACAAACCUCAGUCCUGUGAUCAUCAUCAUGUCAGCUGCCAGACCGUGGAGUCAUUGCUCAUUCCCUGCGAUGCAUGUCGUCAGGUGCAGUCUGUUUUGUGGCAGACAGGAGGUACUCUGGUUGAACUGUUUCAGAGUGAGGGCCUGCCUUCUUCUCUGCAGCCCCUCUUAGCAGCUGUGGAAGACAUUGUGGAGCUGGGACACAUGACAGCAGCUGAUGUGGCCCAGUGGGGAAAAGAGCAGAGCAGGGACACGAGGCGGCUGGCAAAACAUCUACAUGACGUUCGGGGUACGGUGCAGCCUCUUACUGACAGACUGGCAGCAGCAGAAACAAAGCAGGACCAGUUCAGAUCUCAGAUUGAAAGAAUCCAGAAAGAUCAAAAGCAAGAAAUGCAAGAGCACCAAACCACUGUCUGCCGUCUGGAGCGUUUACUGCAGGAAGCACAGAGAUGCACAGAAGAGAUGGAGCACGAACUGCAAGAGGAAAGACACCACUGCCAGAGAGAAACUCUGUCGAUGGAGGAGAGCAUCUCGAGACUGAAGGAAGAAGCAGCUGCACAGCAUGAAGCACUGCACGCUCUCGAGUGUGAAAAUGGAACACUGCAGGAGAAAGUAAAGAUGCUGCAGAAAGAGCAGGAGGCCUCUCGCCAUCGGCAGGAAGAGCUGCAGCAUUUAGAGAAGCAGAUCUGUGAAACUCAGCUCCUUCUGGACAAAGAGAAAGCCAAGUACAACAGCACCUGUCGACAGCAGGAGGUCAGUAUCACGAUGGACCUUGUGGAUGCAUCACACAGUGCACAAACUCUGGCUCAGGGGGCGUGUCUUACUUAUCAAGCAGCAGUCCAACUCCAGUCCAGCCCCUGUCCAUCCACUCCAUGUGGAAUAAUGUCUCUGUGA